CCAUUCAUUAGCCUUUUUUUCAGUUCUGCUUAGUAUUUAUAUAUACAAAAGGAAUGUUUUUACAAAAAAACUCUAGUCUUAAAUACAGGCAAUCUUUUCAUUUUUUCUAAAUUUAUCAUCUUAAAUUUUUAUCGAAUUUUUUAUAAUUUAAAAUAGAAUAGAAAAAAAUGAUUUCAUUCUAAUAAGACGAGCACAAAAGUAUAUUCUUAAUAUUCAAUAGAUCUUUGAUGAAUUUCUGAAUUUUUUUUUCUGAAUGAUUUAUUGUCAAAUUAAUCAUGUUAAAAAAACUAUUUUUUGCGAACAAAAAGCCAGUAUUUUAAAAAAAUCAUUAAAAUAUAAAUGAUUUAUAUUCAAAUCUAUUACAGAAAUAAUUGAAUCUUAUUUAUAUAGAAAUGAAAUAAUGGAAUUAUUAGAUUUAUUAGAUUAUAUUUAUAAAGAGCUUAUGUUAUAUAUAAAUAAAAGAUUGUUGAAUAAGGAUUAUAUUUGUAUUUCUCGAUUUUUUCACGCAUUAUAUUAAUAUGAUUUUAAGGUAAGAUUAUGUAAGAGUAAGAUCAUUGAGAGAAAACGAAAUGCAUGAUCGACAUAAAUAUAACCUCGUAAAACAUAUAUGAACUUCUAAAAUGAUUCGAAUAUAUAAUUAUAUCAAAUUAAAAUAUAGUAAUAAUAUAUUCCGAUUGUUUAGCGUUAAGAUAUCUUCUAACCUAAAAAGUCCUGCACAAAUUGAUUUAAUUGGACCGCCCGAUCCAGUUUCAAAUUUAAGACCUAUUAUUUUUGCAAAAUCUGAAAAUGAAAGUAAAUUAGAAAAGAAAUUUAGAGAAGCCAGGGAAGAUACGCAAAUUUGGAAUCAAAAUUUUUGGCGGGAACACAAUAACAAUUUCAUUGAAGAACGCAGACAAUUUCAAGAAACUCUUAAAGCUCAAGGAAAAACAUCGAUUACGGCAGAUGAUAUGUCAAUAUUUUAUAAAGAAUUUUUAGAUAAAAAUUGGCGUAUGCAUUUAAAUUAUAAUAUUGCUUGGUAUAAGAGAAAUAUCAAAUUAUUGUUCCUUGAGAUUAGAGUAAGAAUAUCUAAAUUAAAAUUUAGAUAAUUAACAAUGUUGAUUCAACAUCGUAUAUUGUACAUAUUUACAAUGAAAGCUUAAAAUAUCCACAUAGAAUGCUUUGUACAACAUUCAAAGAGCGGUUAAAUAAUAUCCGCUGUAGUAUUUGAACUUGAAUUUGCUUGAAAAUAGCCAAUCAGAAAAUUACUAAUAUGAGAACCAAUCAUUUGAUACUAUAUAAAAGAUACAACCAAUGACAAUACUUAAGAUUAAUAAUUAUGAAACAUUUUAUUUUUAUUAAUUUUU